UAUAACUGCAUUCUUUGUUAUAGAUAUGUUUCUGUUAAUUUGAACAAUUUCUAAUGAUUAGCAAUAGGAGCACACAGAAAAACAUAUAUAUAUCACAUUUUAAUUACUUUAUUGGAUUCGCCUGCUUUGAGAACUCAGUAUUUUAAAAAACAUUAAGCUUUUUUUUUUAAUUUGCUUAAUGUUUACAUAUCUUUUUAAUUCUUUACCAUCCCCUGCAGAGGGUGCUAUUAACACCUACAUACCUCAGGUCUAUCAGUGUGUCGGUUCAAAUAAAUUCUUUUAGACCACCACUUUAAAGACUUUACACCAUCCUUAAAUCUCUUACAUGGUGUAAAUGGUAUUUUAUUGCGAGAUUAUCAGUUACAAUAGUUGAUUUUUACCUAUCCUUAGCAUAGCUAACGUUGCCUCAUUUGGGUUAAAAUGCAAGCAUGGCAUUUCUGAACUUGCAUCUCUGGUCACCUAUUGGUCAUCUUUGGUAAACAUUUUCAAAGCAAGAUUGAGGAAAAAGUUGAGAAAAAAGCUACAAAGUGAAGUACCACAGCUGAAUUGUACAGCAAAGCCUUAGGUAAAUGUUUCUGUAAAUGUCUACAUUCUGUACUCGAUGAAUACAAAUGAACUACAACAAUUGUAAACAUUUUGCUGCUGUUAUGUUUGCAUUCCAAUGUUCUAAUUGUUGAAAAAUAUGUGUUCUAUAUCCAGUUCUAUCGCUGUUAUUGCACCUUUUGCAUUUUAACUACUUUUAUGAAAAAUAAUAAUAAAUAAAUGUUGAUUAAAGCUUUAUUUUGGUAAGUAUCAGUAUAUGUGGGUGCUCAGUGCUGUGGUCACAGGUGCGCUGUUUAUCUAAAAUCUCUUUGCUAACAGCCCCUACCUCUACCCUCAGCCCUCAUCCUCUAAAUGAGCCCGUCCAAUCACAGCGCAGAACCAACCCACUAAUUCCCCAUGCACAGCUCUAAUUGGCUGAUACCCAAAUCAAUUUCCCCUGCAAUUGGCAAUAAAACGGCUACUUGUUGGAACGUCUGCCCUCCCACUGAUUUAUGUCUGCGAGCACACACACACACGGGCUACAUUUAAACCUAGGACCGACUGAUGCUGAUGCUUAUCCCGAUGCUAGUGCAGGUGUAAACGCAGAAGCAACACUAACAGCAACCAAACAGAGCAGCAUCAUGAGCAUGAGCUACGCGUCUGCGGCGCCCACGCAGAGGUCCACGUCUUUUUUCAUAGAAGACAUCCUACUGCACAAACCUAAGCCCCUCAGAGAGACCAUGCCCUCACCCUUCUGCAGCUCCCUGACCUCCAGGAUGCCCAUCCUGGAGUACGGAUACCCGCUGAUGCCGACCCCCAUCCUGGCUCCACAUCCGCACCACCCUCUACACAAACCGGAGCAUCAAUACUUCUUCACUUCUGGGAUGCAGAUGCCGGCCUUGUUCCAGCACCAUGCAGAGUUGCCUGGGAAGCACUGUCGGCGCAGGAAGGCCAGGACGGUCUUCUCCGACUCUCAGCUGUCCGGCCUGGAGAAAAGGUUCGAAAUCCAGAGGUACCUGUCCACGCCAGAGAGAGUGGAGCUGGCCACGGCCCUCAGCCUGUCUGAGACACAGGUAAAGACGUGGUUCCAGAACCGCCGCAUGAAGCACAAGAAACAGCUGCGGAAAUCGCAGGACGAGCGCAAAGCUCCGGGGGAGAUGGAGCGCACGGCGGACAACUGCAGCGAGAGGGACGGGACGGACAGGAGCGCACAGGAGGAGCUCAAACACGGCAUGGAGCCGGACUCGUACGUGCUGGAGGAGAACGACGACGAGGAAGAGGACGAGGACGAUGUGGACAUCGAGGACGACGUGUGCUCUCCGGACCAUCUACUAUAGUAGGCUGCAGUUUGUUUCCACUAACAAGCAGGCAGCGGUAGAUGCACUGUAAAUGCACUGUAAAUAUGUCACAUGAAAUAUACUGUUUAAACGGCGGAGGAGGAAGUCUAUAUUUAUUCAACCAUGCAACUGAUUUUUUUAAUUAACAAUGUCCUUCAAUAACGUC